CUGAUGGCAAAAUAGGAAACUAUAUGGGAAAGUGGUUUGGUGCUGAGUGGUGCGGCGGUAGUGCUUGACAGCUAGUGACAACGAGCUACUUCAUCGACACUCUGCCAUGACAAGAAAUGUUUACCAUCAGCGCACUCCAUAUGCCUGACUUCCUAUCCCAGUAGUUCGUCAAAGAGGAAUUCAAGCGCAAUAAUCAAGACAACUUUCGUCAGCUGGUGGAGAAGUGUCAACGAGGUGACACGCAAGAGAAAUCAUCUCAAGUUUAGGAACCUCUCACUUUCUGCAUAAUUUGCUUUGUAUGUAGCAUCAACAGAGAAAGAAAAAAGAUUUUGACAGUGAGCAAACAUGACAGCCGAAGAUGGAUUCUGGAGCAAUUUGCCUAGUGUCAUUUUAAUGGAAAUAUUUUCGUACUUGUCUCGAGCUGAUAAAAUAAAUGCGUCUUCAGCUUGCAAGAAUUGGCGAAGUGCAUUAUACCAUCCGAGUUUCUGGCAAAGUAUACACUUUAAAGCUAAAACAAAAGAUCAAAGUAGUGUAUCACGUACCCGAUAUCUCACCAGUUGUUUCGCGAAAAAUUUGCGAAGUGCCACAAUAAGCUUUGAUUCUAUGGACCAGAUGUGUGUUAAGGAAGCUGCAAGAGUUUUACAAAAGCUCUGUGAUAACGAAAAUCUCAGGCGUCUCUAUUUAAUUCCUAGCCAUUGUCGAUUUGAAUGUCCGGGAAGAGGGGAUGACAGGAAGAAUUUCAUUGAAAAGAAUGUUAUGAAGUCCCUUCAAACAUUGGUUCAGCGUUCCCGAAGACUAGAAGCUCUUAGUCUUGGCUGCUCAGAAGACUUGGCUUGCUAUUCAGGACCAGUUUUAUCUUUAUUAAGUCGGCAUCAAUCUGGUUCUUUGCGAUGUUUAAAAAUGGCAUCUGUCAAAGAUGACCCUGAUGAUUAUCUUCUAUCUGAUCUUGAUCCUACUUUGUUUCGAUCAUUUAAAAUGUUGCAGGUGCUGAGCUUGGAUUAUGAUUAUGUCAAUGAUAAUCUUUUGAAUGUCUUGGGAGAUAUUGGUCUUGUUUCUUUUAUUAUUCAUGUGCAUGGUAUUGAAGACACACAUCCUGGAACAACGAAUGCUGCUUGGAAUUCAUUUGCCCAAAGAAGUCCUCGUUGUGAACUACAGCUCACAUUGAUUCAUUCAUAUGAUGCUAUUGAAGUGCUUCACUCGGACAUAUUGAAACCCAAAAUGCCCUUAACUCAUUUAAAAGCCUUCUUCUGUGAGCAGUUAAAUUUCCGUGCUCUUCAAUAUAUAUCAAGCUGGUAUGUCAAUAGUCUGCGAUCUCUUUGGUUAGUGGAUUCAAUCCAAUCUCCUUCAUGCCACUGUUUGGUGUCAAUGUCACUAGAUGGACCAGCUCCUCCAGAUCCUCUUGUGAUGAUCGCAUGGCAAUGCACAAAACUUGAAGAAUUGGUAUUGAUUGGCUAUAAGUAUUAUGAUCAAUACUUAAUAGCCAUAGCUAGGCUGAGAGGUGAGACACUACAGCGCCUGGAUAUUGCUGCCCAAGACAUACUCUUUGAAUCUGAACUUUUGCAUUCUGGAUCAUUACAGUUGGAAGUUAGUGAAGCAAUAGGAAAAUCUUGGACCCCUCUGGCAGAUUCUGAAUUGCAUGAUGUUAUCCACAAUCCCACUGCAGGUGAUUCAGAUGAAUUCAUCUUACCUCUGUUGUUGCAAGAACCGGUCCCUUACUGUCAUGAUGCUUCAAAAAUACAAUUUAGAGAAAAGAAGGUUAGUGUAGAAAGAGCAAGAAGUGGUGAAGAGAAGAGAUUAUCUCAUUUUAUCUUCAGAAAAAAUGUUGGAAGAAUUUGUGAUAGUCGAAGCACUGGCGAAACUGAGGGAAUGGAGAAAAUGGACGUUGAUGAUGAUGCUGUUGUAGAUCUCAGCGUUAAGCGAGAUCGAGAUAUUAAGCCUCUGGUUGACGCACCGCAAGACUUAUCACGUUCUCACAGACUGUCUGCAGUAGAGGAUAUUGUAACAGCUGAUCCUAGGACUAUCAUUCCACGAGCCAUCAAAGAAUUUGAUGAUCGCUAUCCACGGCGGAAUUUGCGACCACGAACUGAGCGAAAUUAUGCAGAGAGCCCUGAUGUUAUAGUUUUGUCUGAUGAAGAACAUAGAGUGAAUGGAUUUGCCAAUGGUUAUGACAGUGACACUGAUGAUGGGGAAAUGCCUCCUUUACCACCAAUCAAAGAACUCACUCCUGCGGAGCUGCAGGAACGGGAGCGGGGUUUGAGAAAGUUGCGAGAAGAACUGCGCAAUGAAGAGAUGAAGCUCGUUCUCCUCAAGAAGCUGAAACAGUCUCAGCAAAUGAAAGAAAAUAUUGCUGUUGUUCCUCCAAGUCAGCAGCCUGUGCUGACAAAGCCACCAACUUCUGGGAAGUUACCCCCACCACCCCAGCAGCAACAGCAACAACCACCACCUCCACCUCUUGUGAGAACUAAUCUCAACAAACAACCCAAUCCAAAUGUCAUUCCACCUUUAUUGCGUGGGCAGCCACCUCCAUCAAGACCUCAGAGUAUUCAUCAUCCCCCUCCUCUGAUGUUAGCUCCACAGUCUGGAAGAAGCUCUAGUGGGCUACCUCCUAAUUUAAUGUUGACCCAGCCAUCUGUAUCAAGAAGUGGUAAUGCUCCAUUGAGUGGACGCACACCUGUGAAUACUCCCCCAAAUGUAGUGAUGGGUUAUCCUGUUGGCUCUCAGGAUCGUGUUACAAAGGAUGCUCAUCAUUCACCAACUCCCUCCAGUAUCCCCCCACCACAGGAGCGGAAUCGAGCUGAAGAAAGUCAAACUCCAGCCCAAAGACAAGCUGCAGCCAAACUUGCACUUCGCAAACAGCUUGAAAAAACAUUAUUGCAGAUACCUCCUCCUAAACCUCCACCACCAGAAAUGCAUUUUAUUCCUAAUCCAUCGAAUACAGAGUUUAUAUACUUACUGGGUUUGGAACAUGUGGUAGAUUUUAUAACCAAAGAUCAAAAGACACCACCCCCUCCAGAUGCAUUUAAGUGCUCACAGUGUCAAACAGAUUUUACUCCUGUAUGGAAGUGGGAAAAGAAUCCUUCAAAAGGCAAAGAACCAAAGGUCAUUUGUGAACAGUGUGUGACAACCAAUGUGAAAAAAGCCCUAAAAGCUGAGCAUACUAAUCGCUUGAAGACUGCAUUUGUAAAGGCGUUACAACAAGAACAAGAGAUAGAACAAAGAUUGGCACAAGUGUCCAGUUGUGUAUCACCUCAGCCAUCAACAGCAACCGCUGCGCCUCCUGAACCUAUUCAUGCACCACCGACACCUUCUCCAGCUGUAAUGUCUGCUCCUGCUCCCAAGCCUGCUACUCCUACAAUGCCUCCAGUUGCAAGGCAUGCUCCAACACCUCCAGCACCACCUCCUCCACCACCACCACCUGCUCCAACUCCACCCUUACCUCAUCGUGAGCAUCCACUUGCAAAACUGGCUGCUGAGUCAAGUAAGUUCAGCUCACACCAUGCAGCUGCAGCAUUACAUCAGCAGCUGUUGCGAGGUCUUCCUCCACAUCAACCUUUGCCUGCUCAUAUGCUCCCAUUCUCUCCACUUUUGUAUCCGUACCAAUUAGCAAUGGCUCAAGCUGCCAGUGGUAAGGGUCCUGUUGCUGCUGCAGCUGCUAAUUUAGCUGAGUUGCAACGGCAAGCUGCUGAUCUUCAGCGGCAGUACUUGUUGGACAUGAUCCCUCCACCUACUGCAGCUUCCCCUUCUCGUUCCCAUCCACAUUCAUUGAACAAUUGGAAAACAUGAUGGCAGGACACACGUGCGAGCUCUUCUACUGGGCAGCAUGUAGAGUUCUCAAGGCCAAAUCCACAUCAACUGCCCACUGGGGCCAGCUGGAUAUCUGCAGAGCCAACCAGCAGCAAGCCCUUGUAAGCCAGUAUCAGCCCCCAGUUGUGUGAAUUAGCAAGCAGCUGACACUACGGGUUACUGCGCUAUUUAAGUCAAGGUCUCCGUGGAGUGUGUGGCUUGUAGGAGUGUAUUGGAGUGUACUUUCUGGACAUAAUUGUAUCAAACGUGUGCUCAUUAUACUUACAGCUCAGUUUUAUUGUGCAUGGUGUUUUGGAAGUAAGAGAAAAGGUAAAGGUCUGAAUACCUGUUACUUCUUUUGUGGUUGUUGUCAAGGAUGUGGUGUACCCUUCAAACCGUUACUGUGUUUUUGGAGUGAAUUUUAACGUUAAUGAAUCUUUAAAAUUUCAUGUAUGUAUUGUGUGUACAAAAUGAAAUGUGCUCUCUUUAUCUGAGUCUUGGAUUAUAUAGUAUUAUAUUGAGGCCUGUUUGUAUGAAGUGAACUUGAGAAGUGCACAUUAGAUAUGUGUACACAUGUGCUCACCAUGUUCAAUAAUUUGGCUUGGUGCUUGCUCAGAGACCACCUGUCCAAAUAAGAAAAUGCCAAUAGCUUCCAAUGGAUGGUGACAUAGCUCAGAAUUCUUUGAUGUAGUAGUCAUAAGUCUGUAUCAUUUUUCAUGGUGUAUACAUAGUGGGAAAUGAUGAAGGGCCAUGGAGAUCAAUAGCUCAUUGUAUUGUGUGUUUUUGAUUCCAAUUGUUGCAUUUUGUCUUCAAGAAAUAAUCAGAAAUGGUAGUUCUGAGAGGGUAGAGAAAAUGCAGAUCAAAAUAAUGUUUGUUUCAUGUGGAAGGGGUGACAUUCUUUUAUGUUUCAUUUUAUAUUAAAAUGGCAUUGUGUAGCCUCCAGUGGCUGCAGUGCAUGAUUUAGCAUUCAAAUUUUUUGACGGCAGAAGGCAAGCAGUCUCCUAAUAGAUUAUAAUGCUUGUCUCAAUAUCUCUGUUUUUAUUACAUCAAAAUAAAACAUUCCAGCAAUGUAUUUUGGAACAAACUUCACUGUUCUCAUUAGGUAUCAAAAUUAAUUAACACAGUUUUAAUAAUAUUGUUUCAGAUGCACAUUAGAAAGAAGCAAAGAUGAAAGAUUCAUUCAUUAAUUAAUGUCACCUGGUUUACAUGCUUGCCUGUGCAGUACUGUGUUGUGACCUGUCAUAAUUUAAUAACUGCUGUAUCAGUGCAUGCAUAUAUUCAUACACUUGGGAUAGACAGCAGGAGGAUUUUGAAAUGCUGGGGUGUGCUGUUACCUCACUGGCAAACACAUUUUAAAUAACUUCCACAUUCACACUACCUCAUUUGUGCACUUGUUUCUAUGACGAAUUGCUCUAUUAAACAGCAAUUGUCUUCACAAAAGCUUUAAUUUUUUUACAAUUCAAAUGACAUCUGUAAAAUUGAAAUGUAUGGAUUAUGGAAAUGCACAAAUCCAAAAGAAAUGGCAGAAAUUGUAAGGUUUCAGAGCUUGUUUAAUCUGUUGCAUCAAUAAACAAUAAUGAAUUGAAUUCUACACACGUGAGUGCAAUUAAUAAUCUAUAAACUUCUAUUUGACUCAUUAAAUAGCUUGUGUACUGCAAUAACUGGAUCUUUAUAGGUAAUCAGUUAGUGUUGAGUGGGAAUUAUUUUCUCUAGUUCACGUAUGCAGUCUUUUGUAACUAAACAAUUGAGAAUGUCCAGUGAAGUGAGCAUCACAUUCCUUUCUGUUGCUUUUUGUCUAUUACGAAAUCUUCAGCUGUUUUUUAUAUUGUUGAUAAAGCCACCAGUAAGGGUUCUUUAAAAAAAAAUCCUUUUUUCUUUCUUUUUGUCUUCCCAUCAUGGCAGAAAUCUUGCUGUGUUAAGAGUGGGUUAUGAGUACAGAGUAGUGGUGAUUUGAAUGGGUACAAAAUGUGAACUGAAACAGUUGGUAUCUUUAAACGUGUUUAAUUUAAAAAUAUCUGUUUCAAUAUUUUUGUUGAAUCAGAAUAAUUUUAAUUCUGACUUGUCACAUUGUCAAUUUGUAUAUACUAGUUGGUAAAUAAUUUUCAGACAUCUAGCGAUGUAUGAGAUUUUCUAAUGUAGUUAGCUUUGUAAUUAUCCAGACAACUUAUUAUAAAGCAGUCUUGGUUUUAUGAAACAUGGGAGUUUACAUGCUAGUACAGUAUUACACCCUAAGAAUUGGAAAUGUUUUAAGUAGGGGGAGAUGCCCGUUAAUCUUGAGUUAUUUAUUGUACAAGUGUGUUGAGUGCAAAUUUGAGGCUAGUUGUGAGCAGCAUUUUUCUCUUUGGCUGCUUCACUAGUUAUUUCAAAUGCCCUGUUCUAAGCUUGGUAUGCAGAAGCUCUUGUUUCAUGGUUUGGUGACCACUCUUUGCCCUGUCUUCCUCAGAAAUGAUUGUGUGAGUAGUUGUUAAAACAGUGUUUCUAGUCGGUGUACUGAUGCACUAUACAAUCUUUGGACUAAUUCCAGUUUAUUCACAGCUAUGGGAGUUCAUGCUAGGGUACCUGGAUGUUGGGACUUUUGUUGGAAUAGUGUGUUCUGUAUUAUGUGAAUACAACACAGUGGCUACAUUGCACCCUGGCCAAGUGUUAAUUUCAGUGUUCAUUGUUAGCACAUUGUAUCAGUGGCGUAUUAUUCAUUUAAGUGAACAGAACUAGAAAACUUUCUUUCCUUCCUUCCUUCAUAAGAGAACAACCACAAUAAAAUGCUUUUGGAUUCAGAAAAAUUAUUUUGGUCUUUUCUUGUGGAUGUGUGUACUCUUUAUGUAAUUAAAUAGUGUUUUGGCUAAGCCACUGUAAGAUUUAUAAACAGUAAUAUGAAAUGUCCCUUAUCAAAAGAAGGUAUGGAGUUCUUUUUUAAUUUUUGUUAUUCCACACUCAUUAUCCCUUACCUGAAAGUUUUGCUAUUUCAGAAUUUGAAUGUUUCCCCUUAGGAUUAAUUUUGUGAACUCUACUGUAUUUGUAACUCCAUAAUUGUUUUGUGUUCUAUGUUACUCACUUAGCUGCAUUCCUUCUGGUUAGUGUACAGUUUUCUGUCCAUCCUUUACCUGUACUUUGGCUCUAGUGAUGUGACAAUGAAAUGCCUCAGGCAAUGGAGCAUUCCAUGCAGAGUUAGCAAUGGGUGCAUUGAAAGGUGGGUCCUACAGUAUGCCGGCUAGUGCCACUUUUCAUAUCCCACCUAAGUGUGGAAUCGGGUAAUAAUAAACCUCUUGAAAUGGUGCUAAGUGUGACCUACCUUCAAGGAUGCUGUACUGAUGUACCAUGUUUUAGUAUUCAGCUGCCUUGGUGCAGUUAGAGGCUGAUGUUCAUACUUUCAUGUAUAGUUUAUUGCAAUCACUGAAAUUUUUAUCCCUGACUGUAAAUAUGUGAAGUAUAAUACCAUUUGUUGUUUCUUUGGUAUGCAUGGUUUUUAUCUUUGUGUUUUACAAGUUUAAGGUGUUCCUAACACAGAUUGUAGUUGGGUAUCUUGAUGUAAUUGCUACAGUUUAUCUGUGUGCAAUUCCUGUGCUUUCUCUCAAAUCUUUUUGUACAAUUUCUCCUAGACUUCAUAUCUUAGAAGUAUAAUAAUAACUGCUGAAGUACAACAUAUUGGAGAGCACAAUAUCAAUUUUUAUUAUGUCAAAUUGACUUCAAAGGUUGUACAGCACAUGCCUGGCUUGUGAUCAGUGUUAGGUGCACCUGUUGAGCCUGGCAUCCAGUUAGACUGCAGUCAUGUAGAGGAAGUGGACGCUAGCAGUCGGGGCAAAACGAAAGUUUAAUAAAUUAUGUAAAUGUUCUGUCAUUUAAUAAACAAUCAUCCUUCAAGUUUGAACUCCUUGUUCAUGAAUGUUGGGAUGUGUCUUCUUCCUUAUUUCCACAUCUGAUUUGGAACUCAAAAGCAUCGUUUGAAAUGCUUGGCGCAGAAGCUGUGCAGGUCAUUGGGUUCACAAAUUUGACAGGCCCGGGCUAGAUGAGAACAACACAUGGCAUUCUGUUGACAGCAACGUGGCCACAGGUUUGUUCUGUUACAUCCUAUGCAAGCUUCACAAUCACCUCCAGGACAAUCGUCGUAGACACGACGAGCUUCAUCUUGACGACACUCCAGGCCCUGGUCUCCUGGAGGGCACGAUGUGGUUAUUGGUGGCUCUUCGCCAAACACUGCACGUAUUUCCUUGAAUGCUCCGGGUCGCGAGAACGCCAAAACGUACUUGGCCAGCGAAGACCCCGCUGGUUCUGGAGUUUCAUUAGCUGUCAUCUCCUGGCAGUGCAGCAGUAACAUUAAUAGUGCAGCUGUCAAGAGCAUCGACUUCAGCGGCUGCAUCAUCUUGCAAUUAUUUUCCUUGUCUAUGAGGUUGAUACGUAUCUACGUACACAAACUAUCGGAUGAAUUCUUCUGGCUUUGAAGCUUUAAAACGUGUCCGAUCGAAAAGCACCUAUUUUCACACGCAAAGGAGACUCGAUUGCUGCUUGUAGACGCUGUGUGCCCCAGCGCCCACCGAGGCAAUCUGCCAGGUCGUGAAAGUCCUUGGUUCAGUUGUGGCGCAAUACAU